GAUAAUAAAGAUAAUCAAGAAUAUGAAAAAUAUGAAGAAUGGAAUGGAUUUGGAUCCAGCGAUACACCGAUAAUAACCAAACCAAUAUUGAAAAAAAGGACAGUCUUACAGUUUAAAUCCAACUCGAAAAGACUUGAAAACACUCCAGCCAAUGGGGAAACAACAGUGACAAUAGAACCAUUGAAUGCCAAUGGACUUGAUUCUGACACAGACAACUCACUAUCCUUUGAAGAGAUUGCCAAAGCUAAUUUUGUUGAUUUGACCAGAUCAAAUCACAUAUUGAAAAAGUCAGUCGAUCGAGCAACAACAUAUGCGAAAUUCAUUGAGUCAGCUCAGCCAGACCAGUUUAUAACGCACGAGCCCAAGAAGAAGAAUAAAAAGAAGUUUCGAUACUUGAGCAAAUCAGAAAGAAAGGACAACAGAAGAAGAAUCUCGUUGAAAAAGGCUAAGAGA